ACUUGGUUUGAUGAAAUAGUCUAUUUCAAAAUGGCGGGUGCAGUUGCAAAACUCGGUCAAACAAUAGUUGGAAGUGUACCAAAAGUUACUGCUUUUGCAAAGCCGCGUCUGACUACCUUCUGGCAAUAUGCAAGAGUUGAAUUAAGACCACCAACACCCGCUGAAAUACCUGAGGUAUCGAAAGGUUUAACACAGUUGAUCAAUAGCGCAAAGAGCGGUAAAUGGAAAAAAUUUACCGUCAAGGAGGCUACAGUGAACACUUUAGUAGGAAUAGAAGUGGCGAUGUGGUUUUUCAUUGGUGAAUGUAUUGGUAAAGGUUCUCUUGUUGGAUACCAGAUUCCAGGCGCAUGUCAUUUCGAUGCCGAAUUAUAG